AUGACCUUGACAACCGACUCUGCCGGUCGAACAUACCUCCACCACGCAAACGGCCAACUUACCCACUACAUCCUCACGCCCUGCACCUCGCCAUCCUCUCAAAACCACACCCCAUCAACAAUCCUAAUCCAACACGGCUUCGCCCGCCACUCCGCCUUCUGGUCGCACUGGAUCCCUAUCCUCCGCCCUCACUACAGCAUCCUGCAGCGCGACCUCCGCGGGCAUGGCUACUCCUCCUACCCAUCCCCAUCCCCAUCUUCUCCCCAUUACCAAAACUAUACCUACACUACAACGACCAUAAUUUCCGAAAUCAUCGACUUGCUAGACGCACUUGGUUUACAAAGCGUGCACCUUUUAGGUGAAUCCACAGGCGGUAUGCUGUGUGAGAUACUAGCGUCCGCAUACCCGGACCGCGUGAGUAGUUUGACGAUUUGUGCAUCGCCGACGCAUUUGCCGAGAGCGGCGGUUGAGCUUUUUACUUUUGGGCGUGUGAGUUGGGGGGCUGCGGUUAGGGAGUUGGGGUCUAGAGGGUGGGCGGAGGAGUUGGUGAGGGUACCUGGGACGGUGCCUGUGCCCUCGUAUUCAGAUGAAAAUGCUGAUGGGGAAGCGGCGAUGGAAAACUACCUAGACAUGAUAAAUGUGAGUGAUGGCGAGGGGUUAGCGCAGUAUGCGGAGUUUCUGGAGGCGUUGGAUGCGAGACCGUACUUGGGUGCGAUUACGUGUCCGAUGUUAAUUUUGGCGCCGACGGGGAGUGUGGCAGUCAAAGUAGAGGAGAUGCAGGAGGUCAAGGAGAAGAUCGGGGAGAGGUGUAAAGUUGUGAGUGUUGAGGGAGGUGGACAUGAGAUCUACGUUACUAGGGCUGGGGUGUGUCAGGAGGCUUUUUUGCAGUUUCUGGAGAAGACUGAUGGAAGGGGAGAAGCGUAG